CAACUUGCACCCAGUUUGGCAGUGACUUAAUUUCUGUUAGAGUGUAUUGGUUAAUGGAAAUCCGGAAAUGGCCAAGAGAGUAAGCCGGAUUUUGCGUUUUCUUCAUUGCGUCAAAUAAACGAUCAUACUGACAAUGCAAGAUUUCAUGUGAUCAAACCUUCUCCUCCCCUAAAGUAUUAUAUCGCAUUUUGCAAAAUUGCAUCAUAAGUAAACAAAGCGAGUGUUUCUGCCACCCAAAAGGUUUGCUGUAAAAAGACAAAAUACAAAGAAACAUUUUAAACACCUUUAAAUUUGUCUACCCCAUUUUACUCUCUGCGCUGCUUUAAAGACACUCAUAGAGCUCAUUCAAGGCAAAGUGCAAAGAAGUUGCCCCCUGGCAUUUUGUCGCAUCGCACGAACUCAAAGGUCAGAGACUUGGCUGUUAACGCACUACAACGCCCAGCAACUAAUGAAUAUGUAGCAAGACCACCGAUUAAAAGAAAUGCUUAAAUGAUUGACAAACGGUGUUUCGUGUCGUUUUAUAGCUAGCCAUGAAAGAGCAUGUUAUUUUUUGCCAAGUAUUGAGUUACUUUCUCAUACACGGAUGUUUGUUCGGCACUAGAUGGAUUCCUCGAUGGCUAUUUGCGUAUGUUACUAAUGAGUGAUAUAAACCACUGAAAGCUUCACGCUCCUACCAAAAUUACCAAAGGAAACAAACCGGAGAUCCCUCGAGGGUAACUGCCGAUAACGGUGAAACCUGAAUGCCAAUCUCGCAAUGUUUUCUAUUCGCUACCAAUAGAUGUUUAACAAGCUACUCGUCAUAAAUCGACCAAUCGCGAGGCGCACAGCUCGCAAAAUACAGCGACUUCAAGCUCAUGUUCUCCAAUCACAGCGAAAGGAUGUUUAGUAUCGUUAGUUACCCAAAUCAAUGGCACAUAUUUAACAAACCGAGCGGUACACCUGAGCUAGUUAACGCCAAAGGCUAGCCACAUCGCGACAUCUCUCUGCUACAUCAUGGACAGCAACUCGAGUGCGACUAUGGCCGAAAAUUAUGACCAGUGCUAUUUUAUGCGUAAUGUUGCUGACUUUACCAGAGAAUUCUCUGCCGCGUACUUCUUUGUUCUAGUGACAAACGCGAUCACUUGUAUUCCGACUAUUUUAGGAAACUGCUUGAUCAUUGUCGCGAUCUUUUCGACGCCUUCACUUCACACUCCAUCAAACGUGCUGCUCAUAGGUCUCGCAUCCACCGACUUCGGAGUAGGUCUGAUAGUUCCCUGGCUGAACAUUUGGAGAAUUGUACCUAAACUUCAAGGCAAAAACAUUGAGGUUUGGUGUGAUGUCCAAGUGGCGUACACAUUUUUCGGGGUAAUGUUUUGUGGCGUGUCGUUUUUGAUUGUUGCUGCGUUCACGACUGAUAAAUACCUUGCACUUCAUUGGCAUCUAAGAUACGCUACCAUCGUCACAACAAAACGUGUGGUCUACAUAGUGCUCGCAUUCUGGGUCAUAUUCGGAGCUAUGUCGACAGUUCAAAUCUGGAGCAUGACAGUGUACAGAAUCAGCGUAUGUCUCGUUGUCCCUUUAUUUCUUCUCAGUACUUCAGUCAUAUACAUUCGUAUUUUCCGAGUCUUAAGGCGCCACAAAGUCCAGAUUCAAACCCAGCGCGCACAGGCCAAGGCGGCCGUCAACGAAGACAGUUCAUCCGGACAGAGUACAUCAUCGGACACGGUCAACAUGGUGCGGUAUAGAAAGUCGGUCACUAGUAUGUUUGUUGUCUAUUGUCUGUUUGUCCUGUGCUAUACGCCGUACAUUUGCGUACAGAUCACAGUUUUGGUGUCUACUCUGAACUUGUAUGACGCACCCCUAGAGCAAGCGUAUUCUUGGCGGGGCCUGUAUGUAGCAGUGGACGUUACAGAGACCAUCGUUAUCUUGAACUCGCUCAUGAACCCUUUUAUUUACUGCUGGAGAAUGCGUGACAUAAGGCGCGCUGCAAGGAACGUUUUGUAUGUGAUCGGCUGCAAGUGUUGUUCUUAAACUGAGCUUAUCCAACGUCUUUGAUGUGAUCGCUUGCAAGUACCGGCGCAAGGCGCGCGCGCAACCCCGUCGAUCGGCAAAAAGCAAUUAUUUCUUAUGGAAAAAAACGGUCAAAUACCAGAUGUUUUCCUUGUAAUAUCUCUACUGGCUGGCUACAAGCCUAAGAUGGUUCAUAAACUGAGCUUACACCGUCUCUUGCGGCCGUCUGCUAAAGUUCAUAAGUGAAGCCAACCUAUGUUUUUGGUGCGAUCGGUUGCUGCGUUGGCAAAAGCUAUCCACUACAACGAACGUCCUCUAAAAAAACAAUUAUUAACAAAUUCGCCUUUAAGGUGUAAAUGAGCAGAAAAUAAUAAGAAACGAAAAACGAGAUUGUUAUAGGACAACAAACCCAGACUUUUUGCCUUUUCGUGAGUGAAAAAGUGUAAUUAAUAGAUAGGGAAUGAACAGGGAAAACAUUCCUAUAGUUUGAUAUAUCAUCGUAAUAUUAAAAAGGCAAGAAAAUUGCACUCUUUCAAACGCGGCAUACGUCAUUCCAAAAUUAUGAUAAUGCGUAGUAAACAUCAAGCCGUUUUAUCGGAUGCAAACUUGCUUUCUUCCUUUUGGCCUUCUAAAAUGUCACCUUUAUCAAAAAAGGCAAAACAAUGACUACAAAUUGGUGCACUUGAAUAUAUUGUGGCGUUUCUUUACAAGUACUUGAUGUAGAUAGUGGUCUUUAAUGAUAUAAAGCAGAUAGCACGCAAACAGGGGAAAGUUCGUUGACAAAAAGAAAAAAAAAAGCUAUAUAGCUGCUAUGGAUGGUCCUCGAACUAAAUAAUUUCUUUCGACAUUUGCUGUUGACUGCGAAUAUUAUGACAAUUUCUUUACUACAGGUCUAAAUACGCGGCACUAGAAAUUUCUAGGGAGCCGGAACUAACAAGAAAACAAAAGGUGAAUGUGGAUGUAAAAAGACGCGAUCUCGAGGGAUAUAGAGAUUGAUGGGAAAAGGAAAAACACGAAACUUUUCCUGAAGCUAAAUAAAUGAAUCUCUUAGCCCCACAGAAAGCCGCUUUCAAGUGUAUCUAUAACAGAGAGCCGGAUAUAACGGGAACACAGCGCAGUCUAAUUCCAAAUAUAAGAAAGUUGGAAAACUUGAUUAUAAAUGUAAUGCUUUCAAGUCGCCUUUUCUAAACGAUAUGAAUAAAACACGUAGAAAUAUAACAAUAACAGAUAGGGUAUUGGGAGUUUUAAAAGCGAGCAAAUAUAAAUAAUAUAUAUUUAGUGAUAUUGGGGAAAUUAAAAUAGUACUUCGUAAUGGAGGGCCCAUAAAUGGUCUUUGGCGAGCACUUGCGAGCUCCCCGUUUUUAUGCGAGACCGAGUAUUUUUAGUUUUUAAAUAAAUCGAGCAGCGAGUGCAUCGGAAAAUAUAAUGUGAGCACGGCGGAAAAAAAAUUCGCGAGCAUGCGAGCAUUAGCCGAGAACUGCGUGCACAUCGAAAUUACGGAGGGCAAUUCGGGGGCCCUAAUGAGUACAGAGAAAACUUGAAAGUCUGAAAGACAAAAGUAAAUUAAAAUGUUUUGUAAGAGUACAGGGUACUAAAAUUACUUUUUAAAAAACGCGAAUUUAAUAACAAUCAAAUAAGUUACCUAGUAAGUAAAUGCUAAAACAAAGAAAUAAGAAAAUGACUAUCAUUAUUGCCAUUUUUUUUAAAUACGAGAUGGAAAAGGCUUAGUAAUCAAUAACUUUUUUUAUGUUUUAAAGGGUACAAUAUUUAUGAAGUGUAUGUCUGUGAAGGAAAAUUAAAAUUCAAUUCUGAUAUACUAAAAUGAAUUUGAUAUUGAAUAACUCUGCUACUCAAACAAAUCAGAUGUAGUUAUCGUAAAAUGACCCUCUUAGAAAUAUAGACUUCUUUUCUCGCAGCCAGAAAGCGCUCUUUAGACAUAGCCAAAAAGUCUAGGUUGGCCUUUCGAGUUUCAUACGACAAGUACACUCAAAAUAAUAGGCGCUUGCAAUCUUAGUUUUAUACCCUUAUUAUAAAUUCUCAAGAAACAUUUAUGCUAAGUCUUGGUAAGACGAUUCCUACAUUGGUUGAUUGAGCAAUCCGUUAAAUUACAAAACGUGUGCAAGGUUUUGUCUUUUUGAGGGUGCGUCGGUUAGUCUUGAGGAGUGAUUUUAGCAAUAUUUUUUAAACUUUAAAAACAGUUAUACAUGGAGGUUGGAUAUGGAAUAAACCAAAAUGAUCACUCAAGUUUACUAAAUGAUCUGUAUUGUCAUGAUAUGCAAAUCUCACCUGAAUAGAAAUAUAUUGAAAAAUGUACUUCGAGAUUUCGGUGCAAUCUGAUUAUCCAAACUAGAUCAUUUGUAUAAUACACUCUUUUUUUAGAACGCAUCAGACUAAUAAAGUAAUAUUCUGAGCUUUGGCAUUUUUAUAAAAAAGGUUCUCAUAAAAAAAGAGUGUAUAUAUAUUAUACAAAAACUGAGUAGUUUUUUUAUGUUUUAGUUUAAAAUCUGUAUCGAUGUGAAGUAGAAGAUAUAAAGUUUUUUUGUUACACUGUCGUAUUUUCUCGCGUUUUUGUUACAACCGUACGAAGGUUGUGGAAUCGUAGGAUGUAGUGUUCCGAGGUCUGUGCCAGAGAAGAAACAGGAAGAGAAAGAACACAUGGAUUUGCUUCCCCGCCUUUGGCCUAAAUAUUGUAGCCGACAUUAAAAUCAUUUGCUUUUAUGCGAUAAGAUAGUUUAAAAAAGAUUCAGUUGAACUUAGCGAUUUGUAAACAAAACCAGGCAGCGGGAGCUUUAUCCGAUACCAACCGUGUUUACACAAACUGUCGCUUGAGUUCUUUUUUUCAUUGGAGAAAAAAACUUAUCAGGGGAAAACGAAGUAGUGACACAAGUAACGGAAAAAGAUUUGAAUGAAGAUAAAGCUCUUUUAGAGAGACUGAGAUAAACUCGAUUAUUGAAGAUAUUAGCGAAAGGCGGGAAACAAGAAAUUAAGCCAGUAUUCCACCAUGCAGAAUUCUGACUUGCGGCUUAUUGAUUACAUUUAUUUUUGUUUUCAGCCGGAAUUUUGCAAGAUCAAAGGUAAUUAAUAAUUGGCUAUACCAGAACAAGCAACUUUGGAGUUUCUCUCAUAUGCAUAUUAGUACUGCAGGAUAUUGUUAAAAUCAUUACCUACAAUGACUGAUUUAUUAAUUAGAAAUAUGUUUGCGUUACACAGGGAUACAAUGUCCUGUGUGAAUCGAAUUCCUUGUACAUAAAAUAAUUAAACUCACUUAAAAUAAGUAUAAAUGAAUCCACUUUAAAAUUGUCAGCAUUCUCGAUAAACCAUUAUUGCGUUCUUCACAGUUUAUUUCUUGGCCCACUUAUGUUAUCAACCUUGCAUGACUAUACAAAUAAGUUCCUUUUCGAUUAGCCUAAAAAGCCCACAGGUAAAUUCGUUUUUUGUUUGAAAAAUAAGUGCAUUUUUAUGAAAACAAAAUAAUGGAAUAAGUAUAUUUAAACAAGACAACAAACUCAGUAAUUAAAGUCGUUCAUAUAACAUACAAAGGCAUUGUACCCUGUUAAGUAUGAAUAUAACGGCACAGGAGUGCCCCUGAUCAUCAUUUCCCUGUCCCG